CCUUUACUCAUCAAUCAUCGUCAGAUAGUUCUUUGUGUUGUUACUCAACUGUUUCUCCUUUGAUUCAUUACUCAUUGAACUGUUUUCUUUGUUUUAGAGCUACUUUCAAACACUUCAUAAACAAAAUCUUCCAAACAACAAGAAAUAAGCUCAAGAUGCUGCAGAUUAUUGGUAAUUACAGGUCAAGCUCAUCAUGCCGGUACCAGAAGCUAAGUCAUCAUUACGAGAAGGUUAAGACAAGAACUAUAAGACAUAACUGGAGGAAGAAGAUCGAGGGUAGGUCAAAAGGGUUAAGACUAAACCGGCCAAGGAGGCUGGUUCUUAAGGCACUGGUUUUGCCAAGAAGGAUCUUCAGCAUUUACACGCAGAUCACAAAUAAAAUGAACAGAGAAGGUUUCUAUCCCAAUCUCAUUCUCUCUUCCCACUGGGGCUUCCCUAUUGUAUUAGAGAAAAAACUCAAAUUUUGACGUUUGUGACUUCGUAUAGACAAAAAGAGAUCGAAAACAGAGUAAUGAUGAAAUUGUAAUCAAAUGUCAUUUAUGAUGUUAAA